AUGCUGAUGAAUCCAUCUAGCGCAUCUCGCUCCAAAAAUUCCAUUCAGUCGCAUUCAACAAGACGCCACGACUCUUCUGACAGCUCACAUUUGUCUUUCAUGCGUCAUGGUGAUUCGGAAGAUUUUCAAGUAAUUGGUGAGUUGAAAGAACCGUCUGCGGCACUGAAGCCAAUUUUGGCUCCAAAUACUUCGGAAGUCCCUGGAAUAAACAUUCCCACAGUGUGGAGUUACAGUGCUCUGUUUCAUCAUCUUCCAGUACCGUAUUCAUCACUUGCGCCAAACCAUCCGCCCUUUUAA